AUGGAUGAUGUCGAGCUGAAUAAGAUUUCUCGGGAUCCUAGGUUUUCAGGGCGAUUGAAGAAGAAAACUAAGAAGGAAAAGGAGGCCUUUAAAAACCUUUUUGAAGGUCUCGAGGAGGAGGGAUCCUUUAAGGACAAGCGAGGUCGACCGUGGUCAAGUCGACCACUCAAGUACGCAAAACAGCUAAUUGAGAAGGAGAAAAAGGAGGUGGAAGAAGAGCCCGAGGAUACUGAAUCAGAAUCUGACUCAUCAGAGGUUUCGGAUAGCGAUUCCUCUGAUUCUGGAGGCGAAGCUGUAGAGGAAAGUCUUGCUGACUUACAAGACGCUGAUUGGUAUGAGUUGGUGAAGGACGCAAAAGAAGUAGAGGAUGCAACACGUAGGCUGGCUGUUCUUCACUUUGACUGGGACAACUCCAACGCUGAGACUAUCUUCCUAGCUUUGGAGUCAUUCCUUCCACCUGGGGCGUGUUUAGAAAAAGUUACUAUAUACCCCUCGGAGUAUGGGAUGCGGAAAAUGGCGGAAGAAGAAAAGCAUGGACCGCGUGACAUCUGGGCAGACAGUGAGGGUGAAGAGGGUGAGGAAGAGAGGGCCUUAAAUCAGAAAUUGCCGACGGAUAUGGAUGCUGAUGAGAGGAAGGCGUGGAAGUUGACUUCUGUGCGGAUGAGACGGCGUUUGCGACGGUACCAACUGCAGCGUCUUAAGUAUUUUUAUGCCAUAGCAGAGUUUGAUUCUAAGGAGACCGCGGCUACUGUCUACGAGGCCUGUGAUGGCGUAGAGUAUGGUAGCACUGGCAUUCGCUUCGAUCUCAGAUUUGUCAAUGAUGAGGAAGAGUUUUCGGUGCCAAACGAGUGGUCGCACGUGGUGAGCGAAUGCUGUGAGGUAAAUCGGGCCAAGUAUAAGCCACGGGUAUUCGAGAACUCUGCCCUUCACUCCACUCGCAUCGCUCUGGGCUGGGAUUGCACGCCUGCAGCCCGCACCCAAUGGCUUCGCGAGCAAUUUGAGGCCGAAGCGGAACCGCGCAAACUCUUUUCCGAGGGCAAGGCAAAGUUGAGUGAGUACCUGGCGUUGUCUUCUAGUGGUCAGAGCACAGCGGCCCCCUCGGAUGUUGACGAACCGGGUCCUGCACCAACCGUGCCUCGUAUCAGACGCCACCGACCUCAGAAAGUCCCGCCUGAGGAGUUGAGAGCCGCCCUUCUCUCUGCCAUUUCGGAGGGAGAUGUCAGUGCAGCUGAGAAACCACUGUCGGGUGAAAACGAGAAAGAUGACAAUGUUGAUGAUGAUGACGCCGAGUCUGAGGAGGAAGUACUUGUGGCCGAUCUCAACGCGCCCGAAGGUGCUUCUUCAUCCGAAGAGAAGGAAGAGGAGUACGACCUGACAGCCGAAGACGAUGACACCGCACAGAAGAGGGUAGGCAAGCGCGCAGUGUUGACCUCUUCCGGUGGACGCAAAGCCGUUGGCAAACGACGUCUCCCAGAGGCUGUUGACGACGACUCCGACUCCAGUCUCGAUUUUGAUGAUAUGGAGGACCGUGUGUCUGACGUCAGUGACGAGGAUAUGUCCCGUAGGCGGCGCGGCAGUCGGGGAAGGAUUGAUGGUGACAUUGACAACGAUGACGAAGCUUCUAAAUCGGAGAAGACGAAGAAGCGAAAAUUGGCUAUGAGAAAAAAGGCACAACUGAAGAAAAAGAAGCAGGAGCGAAAUCAAGAGAGAGUGAAGAAUUUGUGGACGGGUGCCAACGAGACAGACUCGCGUUUUGACAUCUUUCUGACGGAUCCAGCGUUUGGGGUGAGUCAGUUGCACCGCGACUACCGAGAGGCUGGCGAAUUUCUCAACUUCAUGCGACGUCGACGCGAACCUCUGUUGAAGGCCAAGAUGAGGGCGGAGGAAGUGAAAGAUUCAUAA